UGAAGGUGGGGAGAGAGUCGAGCUUUGGGAUUGAUUGUGAGGGAGCUCAGAGCUGGGGAAAGGAGUCCCGAGUUGGAGAAGGGGCUGGGCGUCCUGGCAGAGGCCCUGAAGGGGGCAGUUUCGAGGGGUUUAGCGUAGGGGAUGUGGAAAGGCAUGGGAGUCAGUGCUAGAUGAAUGAGGGGGUCGGGAGGCUCCGAGGGAAAGGCCAGCUAUGGAUGCGGUGGGUUGGAGCCUCUGGAUCGGAUUGGGGGCAGGAGGGCAAGCUGAGAUGGUGGAAGAGAGAAAUCAGUGGUAGAGUGGUGUGUAGGUUAGGAUACAGAACUGUGGGUGGAGUGCGGAGCAUGAGAUGAGGGGCCUGCCUGUAGCGAUAGUUUGCUUAGUCCAGCCAGAGACUCCCGAUAAACUGGACAGUCACAGAACUGUAGGAUAAUAUGGCCAGCAGGGGCCAUAAAGACGACCUUUUGCACUCUCGUUUCUCCAAUGGGAUUAGAAAAGUGUAGCGGAUUAUGUGUAUGGACAUUCCAGCAUUCAGAUCUUUUCUUCUGCUACUCCUUUGUGACCUGGGCAAGUGUCCCCUCUUUGAAACUCAGUGCCCUUAUCUAUUGUGGGAACAGCAUGCCACUGAGAAGAGAGGAGGCUUCAUAAGAUCGUCAUCCCGGCUCGGGGUGGCCUGUGGAGCCCCCCACCGCCAUUCAGGUCCUGAGAUGUGGUGAACCCCCGCCUGUCUGCCACCAUUCCCCAGAAUGGACCGAGGGGGCCUCCUUCCUUUCCAGCUGUGGUGCCCCCGGCCCUUUGGCACCUAUUCCCAGAACCAGCCGCGCCCGCCUUCCGCAGCCCUCAAGCCGUCGGCCUGCCCUGAGCCAGGCGGGGGGGCGGAGCCAGACCAUGGCCCUGCCCACUCAGAAAACACACCCCCAGCCUUGGCCACGGAGGCUCCUGCCUCCCAGCCUGCCCCGCUCCUUUCAGCAGCCGCUGCCAGCGACGAGGGUCGAGUCCUGCUGGACACGUGGUAUGUUAUCAAGCCCGGGAAUACAAAGGAGAAGGUGGCCUUCUUUGUGGCCCACCAGUGCGGUGGAGGCAGCCGGGCCAGCUCCAUGAAGGUCAAGGGGCACUGGGGCAGUGACAGCUCCAAGGCCAAGCGGAGGAGGCGCUGUCUUGAGCCUACGAAGGCUCCUCCGGACCCAGGGGGACAAGACGGGCCCCCUGCUGCUGAGGGGGCCCCAGCCUCAGCCAGUGAGGAUGUGGACCUGCUCUCUGUGGCCGAGAUGGUGGCCCUGGUGGAACAGCGGGCCGCUCUGGCCCUGCAGAGCUACCCGCGCCCGAGCACCCCAGCGCCUGUGGUCUACGUGUCGGCCGAGCAGGGUGGGCCUGCCAAGGGGCUGGGGUCCGAACGGCGGUCUGGUGGCGGGGACUGCAGCCGUGUGGCGGAGGCUGUGGCCCACUUCGAGGCUCAGCGGGACAACCCUCCAGCCAAAGGCCUCCGCAAGGAGGAGCGGCCCGGGCCAGGACCCGGGGAGGUGCGCAUCGCCUUCCGGAUCUCCAACGGCCGAGAGCCCCGUGCACCGGAUGGCAGCUUGCCCAACGGGAGUGGGGGCCGGCCGGGUUGUGCCUACCCUGGCAGCCCGGGUCCUGGGGCCCGGGCCAAGGACAAGAUCACCUGCGACCUGUACCAGCUCAUCAGCCCCUCUCGGGAUGCCCUCCCCAGCAAUGUGGAGUUUCUGCUGGCUAGGGCGGAUGAAGCCAGCGAGGGUGAGACACCAGCCCCUGCCAGGCCCGAGGACACUCCCCCGGCCCCCCCUCCACCCCCUGCCCGGGACUGUGGCGCGUCAGGCUUCCAUGUGGAUGUGGUGGUGACGGGGGUGGUGGAUGAGUGCAUCUUCUUCGGCAAGGAUGGUACCAAAAACGUGAAGGAGGAGACGGUGUGCCUGACCGUCAGCCCCGAGGAGCCACCCCCGCCUGGCCAGCUCUUCUUCCUCCAGACCCGGGGACCGGAUGGGCCCCCCGAGCCACCGCCAGCCGACUCACCCGCCACUGCACCCGGCCCGGACGAUGCUGAGGGGACGGUGGACACCUCCCUGUGCCGCCUGUACCGGCACGUGUCGCAUGACUUCCUGGAAAUCCGCUUCAAGAUCCAGCGGUUGCUGGAGCCGCGACAGUACAUGCUGCUGCUGCCCGAGCACGUGCUGGUCAAGAUCUUCAGCUUCCUGCCCACGCGGGCCCUGGCGGCCCUCAAGUGCACCUGCCACCACUUCAAGGGCAUCAUUGAGGCGUUCGGCGUGCGGGCCACAGACUCGCGCUGGAGCCGCGACCCGCUCUACCGCGAUGACCCUUGCAAGCAGUGCCGCAAGAGAUACGAGAAGGGCGAUGUGUCGCUCUGCCGCUGGCACCCCAAGCCCUACCACCACGACCUGCCUUAUGGACGUUCCUACUGGAUGUGCUGCCGCCGAGCCGAUCGCGAGACGCCCGGCUGCCGCCUGGGUCUGCACGAUAACAACUGGGUGUUGCCCUGCAAUGGGCCAGGCGGUGGGGGCGGCCGGGCUGGCCGGGAGGAGGGGAGGUGAAGCCGGGGGAGGGGGGGGAAGAGCCCACCAUGCCCACCCACAUCCCCUCCCCCUGGGAGCCGAGGGUCAGAACUGGGUCACCAGCCCAUACCCUCAGCCCAGGCAGCGUUGAUCCCCCUCCAGAACUGCGAUGGUGUUCAGGGGGAUGACCCAAGAAAGCACUCUGAUUGACCCCUACUGGUUUUCUACUCUUCAGACCCUCAAGUAGGGUGUUUUUUUUUUAUCAGCAUCUCAAUUUCUUCUCCAUUCAGCCCCAGCGCCCUCCCUGCCACUCUUCAUACCCCAGGGACCUACAAGCAGGGAGCAGACGGCAGCUAAUUUUGGUACUACUUAAGGGUUCCCCCAUUCUGGCCCCCUUCCGUUCCCUCCCCCCAAUUCUUUCUCUCUGGAGCUGUUUUAUUUUUCCCAAGAGGCUGCAGCACCCAGGGUUGGUACCCUUCCUAACCUACUACACCAGGGUUCACCUCCUCUUUAGGAAUUGGGGCCAUCAGAUCACAGAUCACAUUUGGCAGUUUUCUUGGCCGCCUGCCAUUUCUAGACGUUUUCCCCAUUAAAACAAUAAAAAUCAGUUUUCUGCUUAACCUCAAGCUACCAGUCUCUCUACUUCCCCUAAAGAGGAAGAGGAGAAAAAAGUUGAAGUGUAAAAAUUCUCCUCCUCCCAAUAUUUAAGCUAUUGCCAUGACUCUCCCCCCUCCCCCCUGCAAAAAAGCUGUGAAGCCCUUUGCCUCGCUCUGGACAGCGUGGGGGGCCAGUGGGCAGGGACUGUGGGUUUGAAUUUCUGGGUUGUUUUUCCUUCCACUCUGGGUACUUGUUCAGGUGUUGGGGUCUCUCCAGCCCCCCCAUCCACAUGUGUUUCUUUAGAAGCCUUUGGUCAACCAAGACCUUGACCUUCAGGCAGUUUGAUCUGGGGUAUUUUUGUUUGUUCUGAGAUGUGUUUUUGUUGUUUUUUUGUUUUGGUUUGGUUUUGGUUUUUCAUCCUUGUGGUUCUGGAAAGCUUCUAAUGUGUGGCAUCUGACCAAUUUUGAAUUGGUCCUUUCUAUAAAAUCAGUAUUUAUAAGGCUGG